AUGACAAUAGAUGAGGAGUACGCCCGCUACCAGGCGGCUCCGAAAUUCAAUCAAUACGGCGAAGAGCUCUAUUGUAUAUGUCGCAAACCUGAUAAAGGACAGCUCAUGAUCUGUUGUGACGGGUGCGAGAACUGGUUCCACUUUCGGUGUCUCCACCUCAAGAACGAAUGGCAGCUGCUAGUCCACAAGUUCUAUUGUCAAUUUUGUGAGCAUAGAGGGGUCGGAGUGAGCAAAUGGAAACGUAAGUGCCGGCUCAGUUGGUGCUUCAACCCCGUGGUUGACUCAAAGUACUGCUCCAAAGAACAUGGGCUCAUUUACAUACGUGAAGCCUUGGAGCAGCUGGCAGAUAUCAAGAAAAUCGUGAAUCUGGUAGAGUCGUACGAGCACUUGACUAAGCUUGGCCAAAACUUACCUGAACCUCCUGCAGUUAUCGCAUACCACCAAGGUGACUUAUCUCAGCUUCCCCCUGACCUCGCUGAUGAACUCUCAAAUAUAUCAAAACAAAUCACAAAACUUACGUCCGAGCAGGAAUCAAUAAAGGCAGAGGUGCUGCAGUACAAUCGCAUCAAAGACGCGAUCAAGCUGUACAACGAAGCACACAAAGUGAAAGGGAAGAAAAGCGAUAUCUGUGGUUACAACCGCGACGAAACAGAGAUUGUUGAUGAGGAAGGACAACUCAAGGUCGAUUCAGUUUGUCUUAAUGAUCGCAGGCGAUGCAUUCACAAUGGCUGGCUUGGCCUUUUGUUCGAUGAAGCUUACGUGCUGCUGGAGCGUAAGGCUGAAACUAAAAGGAAACUAGAGAACGAAGUGACCCAAAAGCUCCAGCAGUAUCUGGUAAGCAUAUACGAGAAUGAGGGAGUCAUACCCGAAACCACUAAGAAGGAAUCAAAUGGUGAUAUCGUGAUGGCCGAUGCCAACACUGAAGUUGAAGGUAAAGCCGACGGUAAAGCUGAAGAUAUCAAAUCAAAUAAUACAGGGGCUGAGCCUGAAAAGCCAGUGGAGUCUCAACCAAGUGAUAACAAUGACUCUGCGCCUAUGGAUAUUGAUGAUAAGCCUGAGGAUAAAGAGGAUCAGGCUACUAAUGGAGAGACGAUUGCUAACCAACUGCCACAAACUAAUACCGAGUUGAAGUCCGAAGCAUCUCCAGAGGAUGAGAGAUCGGACGGAGCCACGCAGAAACCGUCGAUCGCUAAUCUACUCAGUUGA